GUUUCAAUUCCCAAUCUUUCAAUUGUUAGGGUUUUUAAUUUGAGCUCUGAAUCUUCAUUCUUCCCUUUUUGAUUUCGCUUUUUCUCUGAUUUUGCGCACUUCAUGAAAUUCUUGUGAUUCCCUCUUCAAUGCCCUUUUCGGUCUAUGAAAAUUCAAAGUAGAUGCGCGUUUCUUUUCAAACUCUUUUCUCUUCCACUUCUCUGCUUCAUCUUCAAAUUUCCCUCCGCAUUUCACUUUUCCCCGCAGUCUCCUUGAUUCAGAUGGGUUUGGAAGGAAACGGCGUCGUUUGGUUAGGCUCCACCGGAGAACGGCCACCGGAGGACAAGGACGGCGGAAAUGGCGACGAGGCUGCUUCGUGGACCAGAAACCAAGACGAUGGAGGAGCUUCUCUCUCACACUUCAGACCCAUGCUCGAGGGUGACUGGUUCACCAACCCACCUCCUCACGAUCUCCAGAUCCUCCACAACCACCAUGAUUUCAGAUUGUUCGGUGGAUUCGCCUUUAACCCACCUGAGAAUCUCCUUCUUCAGCAGUCGAUUGACUCCUCUUCCUCGUGUUCUCCGUCGCAGGCGUUUAACCUCGACCCUUCACAGCCACCUCAACCAUUCUUAACGGCCAAGUCCUGCGUCGCUCCGCACCUCAACGUCCCCUCCGCUAAUCCUUUUGACAAUGCCUUCGAGUUCGGCUCUGAAUCCGGUUUCCUGGGACAGUUUCACGGAAAUCAUGUUCCGAAUUCGAUGGGCUUCUCCGGAUUGAUGUCUCAAACGCAGAUGGGGAAUCCGGACUUCGCUUCCGCCACCGAUUACCUCGCCGUCCGGUCCUCGCUCCCGACGCCGGACAACAGCUCCGCUUUGGGUGGAGGCGGGUUCAACCCUCUGGAACUCGAGGGCUUUGAGAGCGCCGCCAAUGGCGUUUUCGGGAACAGAGCCAAGGUCCUGAAACCGCUAGAUGUAUUGGCAUCAUCUGGCGCGCAGCCGACACUGUUCCAAAAGCGAGCCGCGAUGCGUCAGAACUCGGGGAGUAAGAUGGGAAGUUCUGAGAAUUCAGGAAUGAGGAAGCUGAGUGACGAGGGAGAGAUGGAUGAGACAGGGAUUGAGGUCUCUGGGUUGAAUUACGAGUCUGACGAGCUCAACGAGAGCCUAAAACCAGGUGAGGAUGUUCAGAACGGUGGAGGCGGCGGAGGAGAGCAAAAGGGCAAGAAGAAGGGAAUGCCUGCGAAGAAUUUGAUGGCCGAGAGAAGGCGGAGGAAGAAGCUCAAUGAUAGGCUUUACAUGCUUAGAUCAGUUGUCCCCAAGAUCAGCAAAAUGGAUAGAGCUUCGAUACUUGGAGACGCCAUUGACUAUCUGAAGGAACUCUUGCAGAGGAUCAAUGAUCUUCACAACGAACUGGAGUCUACUCCACCCGGGUCUUUGACACUGCCUCCUUCAUCAAACUUCCACCCAUUGACACCUACCCCGCAGUCGCUUCCUUGCCGUCUCAAGGAAGAGUUAUGUCCUUCCUCAUUGCCGAGCCCCAAAGGCCAGCCGGCAAGGGUUGAGGUUAGAUUAAGAGAAGGAAGGGCAGUGAAUAUACAUAUGUUCUGUGGACGUAGACCUGGUCUCCUGCUUUCCACCAUGAGAGCCUUGGAUAACCUAGGAUUGGAUGUUCAGCAGCACAAGAGAGUCGUAAACAAGAGUUUUCAGCUCAUGGAUGCAUUUUUGUGCAGUGCGGAUAUUUGCAGAGAGCAUACUGAGAUACGGAUUGCCACCAUCUUUCUUGUCAUGUGUCUUAGCCCCGUCGAGCAAGGGCGAGAAGAAAGUGCGUUCGAUUCAACAACCUCACUUCUGGAAAAUUUAGCACGAUCUUUAGUCUUGCUGCUUGGCCCUAUGUACACGAUUCCCGUGAUAUGGCAGCUUUUUAUAAUGGUUCAUAAGGGAGAAUUAUCGGGAAAUUCACAUCUGCGGGAGUCUGAACAUGUUCUUUUCUUGCAGCAAUGCAAAGAAGGGCAGGACAUAUUGCCGGAGCAAAUCAAAGCAGUGCUUUUGGAUACAGCAGGCUAUGCUGGCGUGGUUUAGCACAAGACCCUCGCAGCAGAUGUGAAUCUGUGGAGCAGCCUGCCAGAUCUAGUUUCUCUUAGUAUUGCAAUUUUCUUCUCAGUCUCAUCAGUUUAAGCAAAUAUGUAUUCGGAUGAAAAACUAUGUUUUUAAGCGUUUUGCCCUGACUCAAGGCUGGGUGUUACAUAACUUUCAACCUUUUUAGCAAAUGUAUCACAUGCUUUGUUUCUCAA